AUGGCCGCAACUCAUGGGCCAGCAACUCACCUUCCAGCAGGUCCCAUGGCUAUUUCAGCCCCUACACCGGAUGAUGAGGUACGGGAGUACGAAAAAAUCUUAGCCAUCAAUGACCAAGUCUUCUCGGGCACUCAUCCCCGGCUCAAUGUUCCCCAGCACCUGGUGCGCAAGUCGGGGAAAAAUGUCCAAAAUGUCCCUCUUCGAACUCAUUUACUUAAAAAUCCUCCCCCAAAAGCUGUAUCGGCGAAUGUGCCUGUGGCUGGAGCCACAAAACAGCCUUACAAUAGCUCCCAGAGUGCCUCGGCCAGAAACGCCUUGCCCACAGCACCACAACCCGCCCGUGUGGCUUCAAAACCUACAUCCGAGAUCGAUCCUAUCUUCUUGACCAAGUCCGAUGACCUAAUCAGGGCGGAACUACAGUUACAAAGGCAGAGGUUGGAAAGGGCACUGCGUGAUCAAGUGGAGCUGAAGAAACAAGAGAUCAAACAGAGACCUGCGGUUCAAGACACGAAGCCUGACUUUGAUGUCUCUGAGGUUUUCAAACAAGCUCUUGAGGUGGUGAAACCAGUCUCGCUGAGCGAUGUGUCUGAGGCGAGUGGUCCUGGUGGUGCAGCCAGUGACUCCUUCGACGACAAUUCAUUUUACUCCAGUAGAGCUCCUGACUCGCCUCCCCAGACUGGCGGACAACCAAAGUCAUCCCCCGUGGCUAUAAUUGCACCCACAGGGCCUGUCACGCAUGUUCCAGUAACCCAUUACGCAGAUGAGUUGCAGCGACUUGAAGCUCUCAACCGUCCUGGAUCUGAUCAGGAAAUGCCAGAUGCUUACCUUGUUGCUGACCAGCGUCACUCCCAUUCUCAGAAGCAGGGCCGCUACCACAAAGCUGAGGCUCCCGUCAGCCGCUUCCGCGAUUCGCAUCAAUUCGAGACUGUGGACGAACCCGAAUAUUCUCCACCUGCUCCAGCAGCGCCGCCACCGGAUCAUCCUGAACACCCGCGUGAGGUAGAAAGUGGUGCUGGAAGAAAAUCUCGGCCAGAUGCUAGAUACACCGACCGAACCCGCGAUAUUCGCAAGCCCCCUCUCCUACAAGCGUGA